CCGUGAGUGUCAUUGUCAUGUUAUAUUUUAUUCACCAUUCAUCAGCAUCAGUAAUUUCAGAAUUUGUGAGUUACAACAUAAAAGAAAGAAUAGUAAAUAGUGUUUAUGAUUAUUUGUGAAAUUACGGAGUGAUUUGCCCAUAAUAAUGUUGCGUUACUCACUAAUAUUGUUAUUAGUUAAUGUUUACGGUCGUAGUUUGGGAGUACCUGUAAAGCAAAACAGUAACGGUAAAACAUUGAUAAGUAACCUGCUGAAUGAUCUCAGCAAAGAAUGCAAGAACGAAUUCUUAAUAAGCCAAAUUGAGAGCAAAAACUUCCACUUGCGAUGUGGAAAUUAACUAUCAUAUUCAUGAUUUGCAAUGCUUGAUGUUUUACGAUGCUAAUCGUCUCCUGUGUAACAACGUUACUGCACCUAAUACAGCCAACUUCGCAACUGAUUUUAAGGCGAAAAUAAAUGAAAAACAAAACGUUUCUGCUUUCUGCAGUGAAGCUCUGCAUUUCACCGUUCCUUCAACAUCUUACUUACGCAUGCUUAAUCUAGUGUUCCAACAUGCUGAUGGCUGCAAAAGAGUUUGCACAGAUGACGACAUAAGUACUGGCGAUACUAACUUCUUUUGCAAAUAUUACAAAUGGUCAUUGUCACAGCUCCAAGUACCACAGAGUUCUAUUCAGGGUUCUGUACCUGUUUCUGCUGGUUCAGGAUCUCCAGGUGAUUUACACAACAAUAAUGCAACAACAACUCAGAUAGUUCAGAAAUCAGAUGUACAGGUCAAAAAGACUUCGGAUACUGUUAAUACUAAUACACAGUUGGUAAAAGUUGAGGAACCAAGUCAACACACAUCAGAAGUGGCUAAGCAAGAGUCAUCUUCGCCUACACAGUUGUCUGGUUCACAAAACCCAGACAUUCCCAGUUUGCCAAGUAAUGUGGAUAAUAAUAAGAAGAGCACUUUAAAACCAGAUGUGAAACAAGACACUGCGGACAAGGUUGGCGAUGCAGAACCUGGUGACACAGCACUGGACCCAAACGAUGCUGGUAAUGAGGCUGGCAUUGAAAACAAUGCUGGGAAUAUUAAGGAUCCAGAUGCAAUGCAACAAUUGGAGACCCCUAACCAUAAGAUAGUUUUGGAUAAUGAAGAUACUGAUGAUACGGGAAUGGAUAUGGAUGAUGAGGGAAAAGACGCCAGUGAUGACGGAGAUGACCCGAUUGUUGGUGAUUUGGAUGUGAAACAAGAACCGGAAGCUAGCUCACAUAAGAGAGUAGAGUCCCAGGUGCCAUUGAACGGGGAUGUGGCCCAGAGAGAUUUUUUCCAGAAUGCUGAUGGGUUCACAGAAGAUGACGACCAUUUCUUCCCCUUCUUCUUAACAGCCGUGAUAGUUGUUGUUGUGUUGUAUGUCUUAUACCACAAUAAGAACAAAGUCGGAAAAAUGUUCUUCGGUCUAAUAGUGGAAGGUCGGCAGCCGGGCCGCCGCCGCAACAGCCGCGGGCACGCCUACCGCCGCCUCGACACCCUCGAGCAAGCGAUGAGCGCCAACACCCCGGCGCCGCCCAGCAAGAUCAUAUACUGAACCCACUAGUCUUACUCGCGUGAGUAUACCACUCGUAAAUAAGGUCAGAGGUAACGAUACUCGAUUGGAUCCCUGUGUGCGUAGCCGAAUGCACAAACGCUCACGAAACGCUCGGUGGCGUUUCGCGUCGCAGAAAUGCUAUUCGGCUACGGGGCCUGUCCCCAUUGUACCUAUUGUUAAAAUUUUAAGUUGUAAUGUGUUGUUUGUUUGUCCGCAAUCCCGUUAUAGAAAAGAGUUACAGAAUUAUGACUAAUGAUAAUCUGACAGUCAUUACAUUAUAACUUUCAACAAUUAUGUCAAGUGAUAGGGAUCCGUUGUCGAUUUUGGCGUCUGCAACGGAUGCUAUUGUAGGUAAAAUCAAACCUAGUCAGUCAGUUUUCAUUUCGUUGCGGACGCACUUUGUGCGCUAGACCUUUAGAACUCACGCUAUGAGUCGUUUUGUAAGUGUGCUGUGCACCGCAUUUUGUUUGGCUAUAUGAAGACAACCUUUGCAGAGUAAACUCGGUAAGUAGGCGUUUCGUAGAAGAUUUGAGCAGUGCUUAAAGUGAAAGUAUCGAUUACAUCUGAGUGACUAUGCCUAUGAAUGGUUGUGGCUUACAUCAUUCUCGAAGUGUUUUAUUCACACGUAUGUAUUGGUAUAUUGCGCUCUUGCGCUAAACAUCGAAGUAUAUUUUGGUGUAAUCUUAUUUUACUAAUUUUCGGGAAUAGUGAUGCAAAUAAAAGAAUACGACUAUAACAUUGCGCUUGAAAGGAAUGCUUCAAAAUGUCGAUAUGAUCAGUAGCGGCAUUUGGCGCCACAGUCAUCAUUUCGAAUAAGUCAUUAUUUAGGUAUUUAUUACAUAUGGCAACUUUGUUUGUUAAUAUUUUCUUAAGUAUUAUUUGUGUUUUGAGUACUAUAGAAGUAUAAUAAAAUAAUCAAGUGUUAAAAUUUUACAAUUUCAUAGAAACCUCUAAAUUGUAGUAGCGUAUACUAUCUUCAAAAGUAAUAAUCCAUGAAGUACAAUAUGUAACAUAGGUAUGCCUUCAUAUUUAAUGCUUUCAUUACGUUGAAACUGUGAUGAAUUUUUGUAUUUUUUUUUAGAUUUGUUAUAGUAUAGUUAAAAGUAUGUUGGUAGGUAUGUAGUAACAUGUAGGUAUAUACCCUUCACCAUGUCAGAACUAAACUGAUGUCUCGUUCAUGUUCGAGAUCAUGUAACAAGUAUAUUUUUGGAUCUCAAUCCGUUCAAGUGGCUGGCCG